UCACCGAGAUUUGGAGUCCGAUACCCGGAGCGUACCUGUGCUCAUCGUUGUGAUCGUUGUAUCAGUUCUUCACACUGUGCUUUAAAAGAGUAUGUAUUGUCGAAUCCUCCUUGGGGGUCUUUGCAGUGUGCCAGGGUAAUACUAAUACCAUUGGAAUUGGAUGACGUUGCCGCGCCGGUGCUGAGGUCUGCAUGGGAUGGUGUAAACACAAACAGAGGAAAACCAGAAAACCAACGACAACCACAACAGCAGCAAUGGACAACCUGAACCAACUACAAACCACUCCCUGAAGCCCCCCCAAAAAAAAACAAAAGAGAAGAAAGAGUAUCUGGCCUGGGCGAUGGCCAUCGAUCGACUGCUGAGCUCGGCAAGCCAUAUACUCCUCACCCGGCCAUUCGCUACACUUCCAUUCCGACGCCCAACUCAUCAUCCACUGAUUCCCGAGCCUGUAUCCCUCCGAUCAAUCAGCACUCUCCGGCCUCCUCCAGGACUGGUACUACUCACCCCGGCUCAGCUCAUCAAGCCAAUCGGCGGCUUCCAGAACACUCUCAAACACUCCACUCGUUCUCUCUUCACAGCCUCGCUUCUUCGCCAACACGCUCCCAGAACUACAGACAGACUUCAUAACCCUACAACAAGACUAGGCUGGACGAUAUCGCAGAAAGUGGUCUUGGGCCUCACGAUCAGCUUGGUCAUUGGCACGGCCUUAUACGAGUUCGUGCCCCCGUUCCGCUAUGCUGCCAUUGGGAUCGUCCGUUCCACCCGAGUGGUGAUAGCCGUCGUGGGAGCGAUGUGGGACUACAAGACGUUGUUUGCGAAGGUAUGGGCGGAUGAUCCGGCGGGCCAGGCGCAACGCCAUCUGGACUAUCAGACCACCCAUCUGACGGCAGCCCGGCGAAUCCUGAACGUGCUCAAACAGAACGGCGGGAUCUACGUCAAGCUCGGCCAACAUCUCAGCUCCAUCCAACUCAUCCCGCCCGCCUGGAGCUCGACGAUGAAGCCGCUCCAAGACCAAUGCACUCCCAGCUCGUUCGAGAUGAUCGAUAAACUCUUCCUCCUCGACGUCGGCCUGCCUAUCCGCGAACUCUUCCUCUCCUUCGACCCCGUCCCCAUCGGCGUCGCUUCUCUCGCUCAGGUACAUCGCGCAGUUGAUAGGAUAUCCGGUAGAGACGUCGCCGUCAAAGUCAUGCAUCCUACCCUGGAAGAAUACCUCGAAGUGGAUACUCGAACAGUCGUCAUCAUGCUCCGAUUCGUCAAAUGGGUCUUCCCGGAGUUUGAGUUCACAUGGUUGGGUGAAGAAAUGCAAGAGAAUUUACCCAAAGAGAUGGAUUUCAGGAUCGAGGCUGCAAAUGCAUCAAAAUGUGCCCAACAAUUCUCGGACCUCAAGUCGACGACAUUGAAAUUACCGGAUGUCUUAUGGGCUCAAAAGCGAGUACUUGUGAUGGAAUUCAUCACUGGUGGUCGGUUUGAUGAUCUCGAAUAUCUGGCCCAACAUAAUAUCGAUCGGAAUCGGGCCUCACAAGAACUCACGAGGAUCUUCUCACAGAUGAUUUAUCUGAACGGAUAUUUCCAUGCUGAUCCACAUGCAGGAAAUCUGCUGAUCCGACCGGCCCCAAGCACGUCCAGGAGCCCGCACAACUUCGAGAUCGUAUUACUAGACCACGGCUUAUACUUCGAUCUGACGGAUUCCUUGCGGGUGAACUAUGCACGGUUCUGGCUAAGUUUGUUGAGCUCGAGCUCGAGCUCGGUAGCGGCGCGGAAGAAGUAUGCCAAGCUGGUCGGGAACAUCGACGAGAAGAACUACGAUAUCUUCGAGAGCGCGAUCACCGGUCGGGUCGGCCUCAAAGGCUCCGGUAGCCUCCUCAACUUGUCCUCCAAAUCGUCCGAGGAACUUAAGCUUAUCCAGUCGGCUAUCGUCUCCCAAGAAGGCAUCUUUGCUGAGAUCUUGAAGAUCUUGAGAAAUGUGCCCAGACGACUCCUGAUGAUUUUAAAGGUCAACGAUCUUACCCGGUCAUUAGACCUCUCUCUCAGGACUACCCAUUCUCAAAUUCGGAUCUGGUUGAUCGUCGCUAGGUUUUGCGGGCUAGCCAUCUGGAUCGACGAGUGUCGUCGACUUAAACUCGAGCUCUCCCGGCUCAGAACCCACUUCCGGUUCCGCUCGUCCCUUCAAUUAUUCGCUCGGUUCGUUCAUUCUUGGUGGGAAUAUCAAAAAUGUUAUAAUCUUUUAAGGGUUUUUGAGAUCAGUAUGGAUUUUUAUGCCGGUCUGAAGAAGUCGCUCAUGUAUCUGAAUGGGCUACUCAACUCGGAUGGCGAUCACCCCGGGGGUGGGUUUUCGAAUGCCAAGCGAAAGGCCGCCGGUCUUUGAGCCGAUUUCCCCACAAUCCAUCUCCAUAAAUCUUCUCAUCCGACACUCCAUCAUGCGGAAACCUUCUCUCUUCCGCGACAUACCUUUGGAUCUUCCCGUAACAUCCUUUUCUCGAUCGUUACUGCACCGUCUCUCAUCUUGUUAUUAUAAACACCGUCUUCGACUCUCGCUUCCCUCGGCCCAUCAUCUUCCCUCAUAUAGAGUUUUUCUUAUAGAGUUACAUAUUUAAAUGUGUGUGUCUGAAUGGCUGGUAUAUAAUUCACAUACAACUUAGAUCAGUUGGUACACUUGUUUCUUCUUCUUCUUCUUCUUUUUUUUUCUUUUUGUUGAAGAUAUUGUACAAUUUAUGUGUGUCAAAAUCAUUCCAAUAAUCACUUUUAAUCCGAUUAUUUUAUGAGCUGUUUUUUCAACCUAAAUUUCGUUCGUUCAUCUCACAUUCUAUUAAAUCUAAUCAGGUAUUCAAGAAUCUC